AUGGCACAAGGAAAUAAUUAUGGGCAAAGCAGCAAUGGGGUGGCUGAUGAAUCCCCAAACAUGUUGGUGUACAGAAAGAAAGAAAUUUGGAAGAGGUUCAAAGAUAGAUGGCAAGUAUGCUUAAAGAUGGAAGACGUCAUAGCCCGCAUGCAAGAUGAGAAAAAUGGGAUUCCUAUUCGUACAGUCAAAAGUUUUCUUUCCAAGAUUCCCAGUGUCUUUUCUGGUUCAGACAUUGUUCAAUGGUUAACGAAGAACUUAUCCAUAGAAGACCCAGUGGAAGCUCUACAUUUGGGAACACUGAUGGCAGCACAUGGUUAUUUCUUUCCAAUCUCAGACCAUGUUCUAACACUAAAAGAUGAUGGCACCUUUUAUCGAUUCCAGACACCCUAUUUUUGGCCAUCAAAUUGUUGGGAGCCGGAAAACACAGACUAUGCUGUUUACCUCUGCAAGCGGACAAUGCAAAACAAAGCAAGGCUGGAGCUAGCAGACUAUGAAGCUGAGAGUUUGGCCAGGCUACAGCGAGCAUUUGCUCGGAAAUGGGAGUUUAUUUUUAUGCAAGCUGAAGCACAAGCCAAAGUUGACAAGAAGAGAGACAAGAUAGAGAGGAAGAUCCUUGACAGCCAGGAGCGAGCAUUCUGGGAUGUGCAUCGUCCGGUGCCUGGAUGUGUAAACACUACUGAGGUAGAUAUAAAAAAAUCUUCAAGAAUGAGAAAUCCACAUAAAACAAGAAAGUCUGUCUAUGGCUUACAAAACGACAUUCGAAGUCACAGCCCUACCCACACACCAGUACCAGAGACUAAGCCACCCACAGAAGAUGAACUACACCAAGAGAUUAAGCAUUGGCAAAUGCAAUUAGACAGACAUAGAUUAAAAAUGUCAAAAGUUGCAGAGAGUCUAUUAGCUUAUACAGAGCAGUAUUUGGAAUAUGAUCCUUUUCUUGUGCCCCCUGAUCCCUCAAACCCUUGGAUAUCAGAUGACACCACUUUCUGGGAAAUGGAGGCAAGCAAAGAGCCAGGACAACAGAGGGUGAAACGGUGGGGGUUCGGCAUGGAUGAAGCUUUGAAAGACCCUGUGGGAAGAGAGCAGUUUCUCAAAUUCCUGGAGUCAGAAUUCAGUUCAGAAAACUUAAGGUUCUGGUUAGCAGUAGAAGACCUGAAGAAGAGGCCUAUCCGUGAAGUUCCUACUCGCGUCCAAGAAAUCUGGCAAGAAUUUCUUGCUCCAGGUGCACCCAGCGCUAUCAAUCUAGAUUCAAAAAGUUACGACAAAACAACGCAGAAUGUAAAGGACCCUGGAAGAUACACAUUUGAAGAUGCUCAGGAGCACAUUUACAAACUGAUGAAAAGUGAUUCUUAUCCUCGUUUUAUACGAUCCAGUGCCUACCAGGAGCUGCUACAGGCCAAGAAAAAGGCAUUACAGACUCCGAGGGACUCUCUAGCCUUUCGAUGCCACCAUUUCGAAAACUGUCUGCUCACUUCCUCCUUCAUAUCAAGCUGGAUCUGUGUCUUUUUAUUUUCUGCAAGCUGAAGUACAGUGAAAAAAAGCUUCUGCUAGGCACAGUUUAUUUAAAAAAAAAUCAAUCAAAACCUGGAAGAAAUGUAAAAAAUGCAUAUAUUAAUAAAUAUACAUAUGGCAUCACAUUUAUUGCACAAUAAAUUAGCACAGAAGGUUUCAUUUCACUGAUGUAUUCACAUUGAGAAAGAAAGCCUGUGUCUUUGUCUGUUGUCUGUAUAUUCUCUGUUAAUGUUUCUUGCAUUUAUUUUUAUACCAUAUUUAAAAAAGAACACCUUUUACUCCAGAUGUAUUAAAGCUGAUCCUUUCUCUGUAAAUUUGUGUAUGUUUAUAUUGUUGUUUUAUCUUUCAUUAAAAGAUGCAGAAUCUC